AUGCAAGUGAUCAAUCAUGGUGUUCCUUUAAACGUUCUCGAAGAGAUUAAAGAUGGAGUUCGUAGGUUUCAUGAGGAAGAUCCUGAGGUCAAGAAAUCAUACUUCUCGCGUGAUUCCGCCAAGAAGAAAUUUGACUACAAUAGUAAUUUCGAUCUAUACAGUUCUUCACCGUCUGUUAACUGGAGAGAUUCAAUUACUUGUUACAUGACUCCAGAUCCCCCAACCCAGAGACUUGCAGGUUUGAGAUAUGAUAUCCUUGAGAGUAUGGAUUGCUUGAAGACUUUGCUUAUGAUUUGUCAUUAUUACCCACCUUGUCCACAACCUGACCUAACUUUGGGGAUAACUAAACACUCAGACAACUCUUUCCUCACACUUCUUCUUCAAGACAACAUUGGUGGUCUUCAAAUUCUUCAUCAAGACUCUUGGGUCGAUGUCGCUCCUCUUCCUGGGGCUCUCGUCAUCAACAUUGGAGAUUUUUAA